UCGAUGAUGUAGAGGAGGCCCCGUACUCGUUCGCAAUCAGGUUUGAUCUGAGAUUCUGAGCCAACUUACCGAGAGAGAGAGGGAGAGAUGGCGAUAGAAGAGGCGGCAGGUCCUGCCGGGCCAAAGGUUCUCCGACUGCUGUAUUUCGUCGGCGCCGGAUUUAUAUUCACUGUGGCCAUCAACAAGUGGAGAGAAGUUGAAAGGAAAUCUUUUCAGAAACAACACCAACAACAAUCCGACCUCCCUCCAAAUUUGCUGCCCCAAAGCUCUCCAAAUGCCAUCCCAAAACCAUCCAACUGAUAUCUCAGAUAUUGGAUUUUCGAUUCCGUUGUGGAGGAGUGAGGAUUUUAUUGAAUUUGGUUAUGCAUUUUAUCCCAUAUACACUUGGCAGAUCAAACUUUCCCAUUCCUGUUAUAUUGAAAAAUUGGAGCAUGAUUUUUAAUUCAAGUGGUUUGUCAUUUGCAGUGCAGCUUUCUCAUUGCUGGUUUUUAUUUGUUUGGUUUCUUCAGCAGUUGUUGGUUGUGGGAUUGAGUUUAGUUUAUCCAUUUAUAUCCCGUGAUAACUUUGUUACUUUUCUAUAUUUUUUGAACUUGGAGAGAGGCAAUAACAUACUUGAGGCUGUAAUCUACCCUAACCAAACCAAUUACCAAUACCUUCAAUUUUUUUUUUGUUUACAAAUAUUUUUUCGUGGUCAAGCUUAAUAUCAAGUUCAACUAUUCAUUG